AAAGUAAUGAAAAUUUUCAAUCCCGCUCAUUUUAGCCUAUUCGCGGUCAUGUGUUUCCCCAAAAUCCCCAAACCUUUCUGAACCAACCCAAAAUCCCUAAAAUCUCUAAAACCAAAAUCCCCAAAAGCAUUUGAUCAAAAAAAAAAAAAAAUUCCCCAAAGCCCUUGAGCCAAAAUUCAACGAUGGUGACGGACGACAACGGUGAUCGACGAUGGCUAGCAGCGAGGGAGCAGCGAAGCAGAGUCACGAAGCAGAGUUAGAUGACCUAGGGUAAAUCACGAACCAACCAGAGGCCUAGGAUCAGAAGCGACAAAGAUCAUAUUAUAUACAUAUAUAAUAUGUAUGUAUAGUGAUAUAGAGGGAGAGAAAGUGAAGAAACACGUAAACUAAUAUGGUCCGUGUAUGCAACUGAAGAACACGAUUCUUCUUCUUCUUCUUCUUCUUCUUCACUCUCCUCAUUCCAUUCACCAUCGUUUUUCUUCAAUUCGCAAAUCGCUUCUGUUCCGAUCGAGUCUCUCUUCGUCUCUGCAAAUGAAGAAGGAAGCUUCAUCGUUUUUAUUGACCUCGGAAGGGCUCGAAGACGUUGAUGAGUUCGUCGGGAUUGAAAUGCAGGCGAGCGAAGUCGGUUCAUCCGUGACGUUUGAACGGUUUUGUCAUGUGAAUAGAUCUCAUGCAGAUUGGGAAGCUAGCUUUCUGAGAAAAUCGCUUCGAAGAGACACAGUUAGCGUAAGUGAAAUAGAGGCUCUUUAUGAACUAUUUAAGAAGAUUAGCAGUGCAGUAAUUGAUGACGGUUUAAUCAACAAGGUAUUUGACUUGUUUGACACAAAACAUAAUGGCAUCCUAGGCUUUGAAGAAUUUGCCCGCGCACUCUCUGUAUUUCAUCCGAAUGCCCCUAUCGAUGAUAAGAUUGAGUUUUCGUUUCAACUGUACGAUCUCAAGCAGGAAGGUUUUAUUGAGAGGCAAGAGGUGAAGCAAAUGGUAGUGGCAACUCUUGCAGAAUCUGGUAUGAACCUUUCAGAUGAUGUUAUAGAGAGCAUCAUUGACAAGGUGCUCCCUCAACCCGAGUUAAUUAAAGUAGCAUCUAUUUAUCAUAUAUAUGAAUUUAAUUAGCUCUAGGCAUCCAUAUCUAAUGUAAUAGUAUGUGCCUUGUUUUCUUCAUCCUCAUCCUUUUCAUUUUUAAUUUAAUUUAAUUUUUUCUAUCUUGGUUCUUUUCUCUUACUAGUCAUACGGAUUCAAAUUUAUUUUGUUACGCUCUUUGUGCACUUUGUUUCUAAAAGCAAGCAGUUAAACUAGGGUGUAAUGUUCUAUAAGGAGAUAAUUUACUCUAAAAGUGCUUUAUUCAUCUUCUGUCAUUCUUUCUUUUUUGUUGUUUUGUUUGUUUGUUUGGUUCCCUCCCCUCCACAUAAAGACAACUAGUAGUUAAUAGAAAUAUUUUUUGCUGUAUUUCUCUUGUUAAACCUACUUUUUGAGGAUUAAAUUGCCAAUUGAAGCUCCCAUGGUUUUACAAUCAUCACCUUACAUAACCAGAUGUGGCAUUUUUCAAGCAACCUACCAAUGGCAAUAUGAAUAGUCAAAUAUGAGUCAUGCAUAAAAUAACGGGUGCUAGUUUCUGAUAUUUAAUUUCUGGAAAAUUGCAUUUUAGUGGGAACAACUCAAAAUUGGGGUAACCACUGGUUCAGUCCGGUGGUUUUUACCUUGGCCUACUAACCUUGAGGUUAUGGGUUCAAGUCUGAGGACAACAAUUUUGUGCAUUUAUGCCAAAUGUUAGACCUAAAUUAUUUAAUUAUUGAGAAUAUAUUAACAUUUAUAUCGAUUUUUAUUUUUGUUUCCAAACAUUUUACAAAUGUUUUUCCAUGUAUAUUUUGAAAUGAAACAGAGUCCAAACAUAAUUAUUAUAUUUUUUAUAAAUAAAUAAAAAACACUAGUAUGAAACAUAAUGUUCAAGUUUCAAACACCAAAAACGAAACUUUGGCUCUUCAUAAAUUUGUUGUGUUGUUGACUGUUAAGAAUUCAGGAACAGGCAUAUGAAUGCUUUUGAAAUUAAUAUGUUGUUGUCAUGUGAAUAGCAAUACUGGACAAAAUGUACAAAUUACAGUGCAAUGGAUCAGUUGUCAUAAGGUGAGAAAACAAAUCAAAUAGGGUGAACUUUCAGGAUCUAUAUCAAUGUAAGAGAUUUAGCCUAAUAAUCCACCAGAUAAGAAAACCCAAACCUGAAGAAGAUAGACAGAGGUGGGAAGCAAUCUAUUCAUGAUCUCAUUUUUGCCAACCAUAUCUCACUUUGUUAAAAGAAAUUGUUAUAAAUUGUGACAUGUAAGGACAUAAUGUUCUUUCCUCAAAACAAUCAGUUUUAAUGCCAUCAGAGUCGUGAGUCAAAAAUAAACAAAUAAAUAUUCCUAGAACCUUUGGCUGCAACAAAAGUAUGAAUCCUUAUUCUGCCAAUUUUUUAUGUUUUUCUGUAAUUAAAAUAUUAACACAAUUAUAUUGUCAUUAAUUAUUUUUAUUUUGU